GAGAGAGAGAGAGAGAGAGGGAGAGAGAUGGAACUCAGAGAAAGAGAAGAAGUUAGAUUGCUUAUAGAUGAUGGGAGGAUGGCAUCCUCUUGUUCCCCUACUUCUAUUAUUCCUUCUCCUUUUUCUUCCAUACGUCUGUGUAGAAUCUGUCAUGAAGAGGAGGAAGAGAGCUCCACAAGCAUGGAAUCUCCUUGCGCUUGUUCUGGGACUUUGAAGUUUGCUCACAGGGAAUGCAUACAGAGGUGGUGUGAUGAGAAAGGGAGCACUAUUUGUGAGAUUUGUCUUCAGACAUUUGAACCUGGUUACACUGUGCCACCCAAGAAGGCAUUGGUUGAGGUCCCUGUUACAAUCAGAGGAAGCUUGGAGGUCCCUAGGCUAAAUUAUGAUCCUGAAAACCCAGCAUUAAUCAGCACAGAUGAUGGGGUCAACUUAGAUUAUCCUGAGUGCUCCUUGGCAUCCCGAAGAAGCGCUUCUUGGUGUCGAUCUAUGGCUCUAGCGUUCACAAUCAUGUUAUUGAUCAAACAUCUCAUCGCGGUGCUAGCAGUUGGAGCUGAUCACUAUGCAUUUACUCUCCUCACUGUGUUUGUACUGAGGGCGAGUGGAAUCUUGUUGCCCUGCUAUUUCGUUAUGCGGAUGAUCUCAGCGAUCCAGCAUGGCCAGCGGCAGUAUCAGUUAGAGCAGCUCCAACUCCAUGGGAGAAGUUAUUCACCUACCCAUGGUGUGGAAGAUGAGGAGUCGCAGUAACAUAAAGUUCAUACACAUUUAUAAACCUAAAGGUUCAUAAUUGUAAAGAAGAACAAAUUCCAAAGUAUAUAUAUAUAUAUAUUAAUUGUUUUCCAGUUUCUUGAUGCGUUUGAUCAAAGAAAUCUGGUGGGUUGCCGGUUGCCACCAUUUCAAUUAAAAAAAUAAAAAGGUUCUUUGUAUCUCUUCUUAAAUCCAGGUAGCUAUGUCUGACUUGUCCAUUGUUCAUCAGGGAUUAAGCCAGGAUUAGUGAAAAGCUCCACAACUUUUAUACUAUAGUUUAUGCUUGUGAAAA